CAGAAGCCAUUGCCCCUGAACACCCCCACAUACAGACAAAACAGUUGCAUACCUCCCCUCCCAUUCUCGUGAAGUUUCCGGACUCAUGCUCUGCUCACAAGCUCAUGUUUGGUUUCUGCCUAAUAAAAGCGGCUCUGUGAUCAGCAACAUUCCUGGGUGUGCAUUCCCUCAGUCAGCAUCUCCUGACUAUUGUCCUGCGUCUCUCCUGGUCACUCUGUGCCAACGUCCAGCAAAGUGUACACACAACGCGGUCCUUGCCACCCACUGGGCACAGGCAGAGGGGAGAUGAAGAUUGAUGCCCUGCAGCAUGGAUGGGAGCAGGACUGAUAGCCACCUCCCUCUCACAGUGCCAGUUGCUGACUGAUCUUUUACAGUGCUGGACUUCCAGGACGCCAGAUACCCAACCCUUCAUGUAGGAGUACAUGGCCUGACAAGAUGUUUAAAUAUCCUUCACCGUGGCAGGUGCUGUGCAGUGGCCUGGAGAGGAGGGAGCAGACUCAGAGUACAGCAGAGGAUCAUGAAGCAGACGCAGCGGUGUUCCUGGCUGUUAAGAUUCCAGUGAAUGAAGGGGAAAGUCAGAGUGUAGAUGAGUCAAGCCUGUCUCAAUUAAUAGCACAAGAUGCUACACCUGAGCAAUGUGUGAAUGGCUCACAAAAACAUCAUAGCACAACCAAACAGCAGAUUAUUGGUUCACCAAAGCAACAGGAGAAAGAAAAGCAUGAGAAGCUGAACUCACCUGACUUAGAAGUAUGUGGCACCCCUGACACACGUAAAUGGAAUGAGAUUGAUUUAUGUGUGACAGGCACAAACAAAGUUCCAGAGACAUCUGAGGUGACAAGCUAUACACAAAAUAACAGUAUCAAAGAAACAUCAGCCAGUGGGCAACAAAUAGUGUCAGACAUGGACAGGGUGACAAGGAACCUCAUUUUUUCCCUGUCCUCUUCAGGAAGUUUAGAUUUUAUCAAUAAAGAGUCAGAGAUGGAGACUAAUUCUACCUCUGAACACAGCCAAAGUGAAGAAAGGAUGGGAUACAGUGAUGUAUGGGUCCCACCUCCAGAUCGUGAGAGGAGACUUAGGAUAUUGAAAGAAGACAACCAUUUUGGUGUAAGAGCUUAUCUCCCUGACACCAGUCCCAGCAAGUUAUUUGAAGAUGGCGAAGACGAUAGCGCCCAAGUAAACUUGCUUAAGUUUACACCAGAGAAGGCAUGGGAGCUUGAGAAACAGAGAAGAGAUUUAAUAAAGGAACAGGGGCAAAGGAAAAGUUUGAGCACAGGGGAGAUUAAUAUUUCUCAAGAUGGAAUGGAUUCAUCAGCUUCAGACAUUGGACUUAAUGAGUUUGAUAGUGACCCUACAGAAAUGCAUGUGAACACAGAGCAAAUAAACUUUGAAUCUGCCAGACAGCAAUUUCUUAUUUUAGAGAAGAAACAAAACAGUGUCCCAAUUAGUCCAAGGCUUCAAUCAAAACCUUCCUAUGCUAGUUCUCAAUCUCUUUAUGAAAGCGAUUUCAAUCCAAAAUUAUACGGGAUGGGAAACUCAGUUGGGACAUCGAAUGAAGCGAGAACAUAUCAGACUGAGACUCCUGCAAAUCAAGAAAUAACUGGCAGAAUCAGAAGUGUGGGUCAACUUCGGAAGCAGUUCCUCUGGCAAGGGUAUGUAGAUGAGGGAGACAGCGUAGUAGUAGAGAAAUCACAAGAAGUGCCUGGACAAACACAAUUGCAGGAAACAGAACAAUUAGCUGAGCACAUCCCCCACCCCAGUAACGAGACACCCAUUGAAAGGGAGAUUCGACUGGCCCUUGAAAGAGAAGAAAGUCUGAGGAAGGAAAGAGGUAUUCAGAGUACGGUAGCAACCAAAGAGAUGGUUGAAAUACUCAAAAAUCCAGUGAUUUCACAACCAUCUGAAACACAAAAUGAGAAAAAGAGCAAGGAGCGGUAUCGUUCCUCUUUUUUCCUCCAGAGGGAGAUUGAAAAGGAAGCCCAAAGGGAAGCUGACCUAAAAGGUGAGGGGAAGGUACCAGGACUCUAUGAUAAAGGCAGCGUGCAACAAAUAGAUGAACGCAGAAAGCUUUUUGAGCAACCAGAUGAGAUUCCUGUUCAACCACAGCAAGGUGUCACAAAAAUAGAUUCUAGGGUUAUGGAUGCCCAGGGCACAAGAGAGAACUUAACUGUUAUGGAUUCCCCCCAGCCCUACAACACAAGAACUGUUUUACAACCAUCUACACUGAACACAUUCAGACACAGGAGGCAGAGUGUAGAUGAAAUUCUUGAUCACAACAUACCAGUAAAGGAAGCCACAGUAGAAAUCCCCAUUUUAAAUAGGGAGAAUUUCCAUGUUAAACCAUGGACAGCCCGUCUACGUAUCAGAGGGGACGAGAUGGUGGAGGAGGGUGAGAAAUGGACUGAGAUAACGUCCAAAAACCCAAGUCCUGGGGAAAUGUAUAGUAUCACCAGACUGAGGCCAUCUACAUCAAAUGUGAUUGAGCAAGAAAUCCAGCAGAUGUUAGAGAGGGAUCGUGAGUUACAAGAGCAAAGGCGGAAAACUGAAGUACACCAUGUUACCACAUUCACAGAUAGUCAGCCUACUACGCCAUUGAAUGGGUACAAACAGUAUACGAAAACGUCGUUAAAUUCAGGUGAUUCAAGUCCAUGGUCUCCUGCCCCACAGAGAGGAAGUUCCUCCAGUAGAAAUCCUUCUUAUUCAGUCACCCCUAUUCAAAUGUUUCGACCAAGAAGAUACCCCAGAUUUGUUGUUUCUGAGUCAGAUUCAGCUGGACCCAAGGGACAUGGGGACAAUUUCUGGUAUGCCGGUAUUGACCCAAGUGAUGAUGUCAACACAGAGAUUGUGGAGUCUACAAGGGUGAAUCGACACAAGAGCAGAAUGGCGUUGCGUUGGGAGGCAGGAAUCUACACCAAUGAGCCAAGUGAUUAGUUCCAGGGUAUCCAGUGCAGCUUUAGCCUUUUGUGCAAUUACGUCGGGGUUUAUUUUUUACGAUUUGCCUACUUAAUUCAUUGUCUAGCCAAGGGACUGAUGUGAUUACGAACUAUAGUUUCAAUUGCAAAUCUUCAUUGCCAGUAAACCUAUGUCUACAUUGUCUGUUUUAUAUAAGCUUAUGUGUGACUCCAUCAAAUGUGUGAUUUAGAAAAGGAGAGACUACUUUCUGGGAAGAUAGGGCUGCUUUUGAAAGAUUAAGACUAUUUUUAUAUGUGUUUAAUUAGGUGAAGUACCUUUUUUGGUGAGUGAGAUUUUUAAUUUCUCUCAAAUGUUGAGACUGCCUUGUAAUUAAUUAUUUAAUUAUUAAAGCCUUUUAAUUUAA